AUGUCCGCCAUCAGGUCGAUCGUUGGUGCCGACCUUGCUGUGCAGCAACCAACCUCCCGCCUCCUCGGUCUCCCCGCCGAGCUUCGUAACAAGAUCUACCAACUCGUCCUCUGCGACCCCAAUCGGAGAUCACUGCUAUGGGACGAAGAGAACUGGUGCUCCAUCAGUCAUACACCAGCGCCGUCACUCCUCGUCACCUGCCGCCAGAUCAACAGUGAGAGUGUAAGCUACUUCCGCUUCUUCCAGCACGCCGAAUUCCUCUUCGCGUCGGGCAUCAAAGAGUUUCUGGGACAAGCCAGCGCUGCCGACAAGAAGAGCGUGCUCGAGAUGACCUUACUUGCUGGAGAUCUGGAGGAGGCGGAGCGCAUGCUGAGCCUUUUGGAGCGCUUCCCGCGGCUAGACAAGAUUACGAUACGGUGGAUGGAGUAUCCGUGGUUUGGUACCGCGGACAUAGUCAUUGGUCUGGAAUGGCGGCGUGAACGCCGGAGCGCUCUGCUCAGGGGCGUCGCGUCUCUGAAGAAGAUCUGCUUCGAUCCAAGCGAGAUCCUGCUAAAUGCACACUUUGACCAGAGGCUGUGGGCUGUUGAGGUGGCUCUGAACGCCGCGCUGGUGGAGCGGAGCGCGCAAUAG